GAAGCGGCGCACGGCGCGGGGGGCUGCCAUGGGCGGCUGAGCGCGGCAGCGAGCGAGCGACGGAGCGGCCGCCGCCCCGCAGCGCCAUGGAGACGGUGCAGCUGCGGAACCCGCGCCGGCAGCUGAAGAAGUUAGAUGAAGACAGUUUAACGAAGCAACCUGAAGAAGUCUUUGAUGUCUUGGAGAAGCUUGGGGAAGGUUCCUAUGGCAGUGUGUUCAAAGCCAUUCAUAAAGAAACUGGUCAAGUGGUUGCAAUCAAGCAAGUUCCUGUGGAAUCUGACCUGCAAGAGAUCAUAAAGGAAAUCUCCAUCAUGCAGCAAUGUGACAGUCCUCACGUGGUGAAAUAUUAUGGCAGCUAUUUUAAGAACACAGACCUGUGGAUAGUGAUGGAGUACUGCGGCGCCGGAUCUGUCUCUGAUAUCAUUCGCUUACGAAACAAAACUCUCACAGAAGAGGAAAUUGCUACGAUAGUGCAAUCAACACUGAAAGGACUGGAGUACCUGCAUUUUAUGAGGAAAAUACACAGGGACAUCAAAGCUGGAAAUAUAUUGCUAAAUACAGAAGGACAUGCUAAACUUGCAGAUUUUGGAGUGGCAGGACAACUUACAGACACCAUGGCAAAGCGGAACACAGUUAUAGGGACCCCAUUUUGGAUGGCUCCAGAAGUGAUUCAAGAAAUUGGAUAUAAUUGUGUUGCAGACAUCUGGUCUCUGGGAAUCACUGCAAUAGAAAUGGCUGAAGGCAAACCACCAUAUGCAGAUAUCCAUCCUAUGAGGGCAAUUUUCAUGAUUCCAACCAACCCACCUCCAACAUUCCGGAAACCAGAGCUCUGGUCAAACUCUUUCACAGACUUUGUCAAACAGUGUCUUGUUAAGAGCCCGGAGCAGCGUGCCACUGCAACACAGCUUCUACAGCACCCCUUUGUUAAAAGUGCCAAAGGAGUGUCAAUUCUGCGAGACUUGAUUAACGAGGCCAUGGACAUCAAGCUGAAACGUCAGGAGGCACAACAGCGGGAACUAGAUCAAGAGGAUGAAGAGAAUUCAGAAGAAGAUGAAACUGAUUCUGGUACCAUGGUGAGGGCAAGUGGAGAUGAAACUGGUACCAUAAGAGCUGUCAACACGAUGAGCGAUGGAGCCAACACAAUGAUAGAACACGAUGGCACCCUGGAAUCCCAGUUGGGUACAAUGGUGAUAAACACAGAAGAGGAGGAGGAGGAGGGCACCAUGAAAAGGAGGGAUGAGACGAUGCAGCCAGCCAAACCAUCGUUCCUUGAAUAUUUUGAGCAAAAGGAGAAGGAGAAUCAAAUCAAUAGCUUUGGGAAGAAUGUGUCUGGCCAGACAAAAAAUUCAUCUGAUUGGAAAGUACCACAGGAUGGAGGCUACGAAUUUCUAAAGACUUGGAGCGUUGAUGAGCUUCAGAGGAGGCUCUCAGCCCUGGACCCCAUGAUGGAGCAGGAGAUCGAGGAGAUCCGCCAGAAGUACCAGUCCAAGCGGCAGCCCAUCCUCGAUGCCAUUGAAGCCAAGAAGCGGCGGCAGCAGAACUUCUGAGCCACUGGUAGAAUGUUCUUCCACCCUCCAGCGACCUGCUCCUUUGCUUUUCUGACUACUGAACAGAUUGAUUUCUAUUGAAAUACGACAGCAAAAUAGAGGGCAAUACUUCUGCUCGUUUAUUUUUCCAUAGCACCUUUGUGAACUCAGGAACAGCGGUCAGUGGAGAAUCCUAAGGGCAUGUUUUGAUGUCAGACCUGUAUUUAAAACAUGAUUCCGAAGGAGUUUUGUUACUGUUGUUUUUUAGGAGAGUUGUUUUUAAAUCAGAGGAACAGAUAGAUAUAGGCUCAUGAAUGUUGGCUCUCUUUUCCAACUGAGCUGUCAGUAGUCUGUUCUGGUUGAAGUUCAUAUGGAUUGUGGUUGUUUAACAGCUGCAUCUUUUGUGGUUCUUCUUUUUGUUUUUCCUUUGUGAAUGCACAGACUCAGUUUCAAGCUGUUAACUGUAUUACUGUUAAGGUACUGAUAAGUUUUAGGUCACUGAAGAGAGCAGGUGAGAACAUGAACAAACUGUUCCAGCCUUUUGAAAGGAAACUUAAAUCUCAUUUUCUAAAGCCUGUAAUAAGCCCCAUGCCUUACACUGUGUGCUUUCAGCAAGUGUGGUUUUUCCAGGACCUCAGUUUUGUCCUCUUUUUGUCUCCUUUCUGAAUACGAGUAGAUGAAGCAUGUUGUGCCUCCCAUCAGAAAUCAUAUUCUGUAAUUUAAAAUCCCCACCAACUUAACACCAAAAGCCAGCUGGUACUCUGAUUCCCCUUUGUCUGUCUGUUUAUAAAUCUCCUUCAGGGAGACCCUGCUGACAGUGGAGUGCUGGGAAGAGCAAACAGGAUUUGAAUGGGUGGAAGCUGUGUGAACCUCUCUCAGGAGUGAGGUACUUGCCUGUGUCUGAGAGGACUUAAAUAUCUCCCCAGUUUGUGAAAUAUUUUAUGGGCUCCAUUUCAGAUUUACAUCUUUAGGUGCUUGAAUAAAAACCUGAUUUCACAACCCUUCACAUUUCUGCAAGAUUUAGCACAUCAGAGCUGUUGGAAAGAAAGUCAAGACUUUGUUGAAUUCAUAAAGAUGUGCAUUUGUGGUGAUGGAGUGAAGGUAGAGAUGAUCUGGCUGAGAAGACAAUUCCUGAUGUCCUACUAGAAGAGAUUCAGUCUCUUCCAGUUCCUCUGGAUGCUCUUCUUUCUUAUUCCCCUGCCAUUCCUGGCUGGCAUAACUCAGUGAACAACAGUGCCCCAGCGUAUACAAUCACUGUGAGCAUGGUGCAAUUAAAUCACACAGAGUGGAAAGUAAACCAGAAGCAGCAAAGUGAUCCCAGUUACAGGGCAGUGAGGAAGUGAUAGCCCUGCCUCAUGGCCUGUAACAGCAGAGGUGUGUAGUUUCAGUGUCUAGCAUAUGCUGCCAUAUUUGGACAGAGCAAGCAUUGCUACCAGCUUUGCUCUGACAGAGGGAACCUUUUCCAUGUCCUCCUGAAAUAGGCCUUAGUAUAUCACCUAGAAAAUUAAACUAAAUUGCAGUGUCUCCUCAAUCAAAUGCUGCUAGAGAGGUGAAGUGUUCAUUCCACACCUCCACAUGCUCCUGUUGCCCCUCAGAGCAGACUCCUGGCUGCUCUCACCAGUGAUGCUCCACUGCUGGGAAAGGAACCAAGCCGUUUGUACCCCCUCUGCCAUCCAGUUGUGUCUGUCUGUCUGGGUCUGAUAGGCAGUGUGAGCACAGCAAAGCAGCUGGCCCUGAGGGAAUGGGGAGGCAGCAGCAGUGUAUCUGUGAUGCUGAAGUAUGAGUACAUCCAGGGAUAACAGGCUGUUGGAUAGCCUCAAGGAUGGGAAAAGUUGUAAAGCCAAGUAAUUAAAAGGUUUAUUGCCGUUAACAGACUGAAACCCCUUAUUCUGGGCUCUCUCAUGAGGCCUAGUGGGGUGUUGAGUGAACAUCAGGCCUCACUCAGUGCUCCUCUGAAACCUGUGUAAUACUUUUUGCCCUAAACACGUGUUUGUUACAAGCAACCCUUUGCUUCAAAAUCCCUCCCACAACCCAGGAGGGAGCUGUCUGGUCAAGUGUUGGAUGUUGUAUUAGUCACGGGGGUGGAUCUGGCCCAACACCUCUGGUGUGAUGGACACAUGGAUGUGUGAGGUGAUAAUUGUGCAUUGCCUGUAUGUGGCUCAGGUCAAGCAGAUUCUAUCAGGAGGAGUUUUAUGUCUGCACUGUGUAGGUAAGUGUGUAGUGAUCAGAGGGCAUUACAAAACUCAAGUUUUAGGUGAAACACCACGGGAUGGUGUCUCUUAACAGAAUAUGCAACCUGUGACUGAAUGUAAGCACCCUUGAAAUACUCUGCUGAUGUGAUUGUCUUAAAAUACAGCAAACCAACCAAAAUAAGUAAAACUGGCCCAAUGGCUUAACUGUCUGAACCUUUCCUAAACUCUUGCAGUGGCUGAGACUUGUUGUUAGUUCUUGGACUUGGAGCCCUAAUGCAGAGGAAUUAUUUUCUCCUGCACUGAUUUUCAGUCUACCAGUGAGAAUAAUUCCCUUUUUGGUCCCUUUGCAGGAGUGUGUGAGAGCACAGUACCUGCCAUUUCUUGGAGCUAAGACCAAGGCCUGUACCAUAAGGGAAAGCUGUUCUGACAAAGUUUUUAAGCAAAAGGCUUAAUUGUGAAGGUGCAUCCAUCUGCUCCUUGGGUCCAUGUGCACUGCUGAAAGGGUGCUGGACAAACCUUUACUUUUGCUUCUCAAACCCACACAGAUGAUGUCAGUCACGUGAGACUUAAAAAUGUGAAGUUUGUAGCUUUAACUUUUUUGUAACAUAGAGAUGAGCAACACUGGCAUAAAGUGCUGACUUGAAAUGCUAUUUUGUAAGAUCUGGCUGUUUGUAUAUAAUAGUGUUGGGUCAUUAGUUUGUAUAUGUAUGAAAUAGUAACUGUUAUUGCAUUCCUCAGUUUGAUACAGGAGAUUUUGUUUGUUCUUUCUCAAUUAUCUUGCCUUAUUUGUUCAAAAGGACAAAUAAACUGUCCUUACCUGAAAGCA